CUUUACUGCUCCAGCAUUCAGCAUGGAGGACAUGGAGGACUGGCCAGAGAUAGAGAAAGCAGCCACAGAGAAGAGGCGUGAGCUGGUUUUCCAGGGUGCAGCCUUCGAUGAGAGGAUCUCCUCCAACGGGGGACUCUCCUCCUCCAUCUACUCCCUCAAACUGCUCAAUUACCUGGAGGUCAGCCAGUGCCCGAGUCUGACAGAGAUCCACGAGGACAUCCAGCGUCUGACCAACCUGCAGAGCCUCAUUCUGUGCAGGAACAGACUCAGCUCCAUCCCCAAUGUGGUGGGUCAGCUCAAGUCCCUGAAGGUGCUGGAUGUCUCUGCCAACAACCUGAGCGCCUUACCUGAAGGCAUCACUCACCUGAAGGAGCUGACCACCCUCAAUGUGAGCUGCAACAGCCUGCAGGUUCUCCCGGAGGGGCUGAGCCUCUGCACCAAGCUGUCCAUCAUCAAUGUCUCCAAGAAUCAGAUCACAGGUUUCCCUGCUGAUUUCUACUCAGAGAAGCUGGAUCUCCUCAGCAACCUGGUGGCUUAUGACAACUCCAUUGAGCAGCUGAGUGGAGAUGUUCACAAGCUGUCUGCUCUGAAGGUGCUGGACCUCUCUAACAACAAGCUCAGGGAGAUCCCCUCCGAUCUGAGCGACUGCCCCAAGCUAAAGGAGAUCAACUUCAAAGGCAACAAGUUGAGCGACAAACGGCUGGAGAAGAUGGUCAACGGCUGCCAGACCAAGUCCAUCCUCGAAUACCUCAGAGGAAAAGGAAAAGGAAGACAGGGAGAGGAAGGAGCCGAUGCCGUCGGGGGUCGCAAGGCGGACAAGGGGAAAAGGCAGCAGAAGAAGAAGAAGGUGGCAGAUGACCAAGAUGAGCUGGAGGAACUGAACAAGAUGGUGGUGAAGGUUCUCCACGUUUCGGACAGUCCUACUGCGCUCUCAGUCACAGUGAGUGCAGAGGUGAAAGAUGUUCGACCCUACCUGGUGUGCUGCGUGGUCACAGGCAUGAACCUAAAGCCUGGGAACGCUCUCAAACGGUUCCUGCUGGCUCAGACAAAGCUUCAUGAUGACCUGUGUGGUAAGAGGACCACCGCAACCAUUGCAACUCAUGAUGUGCAGCUCAUCAAAGCUCCCCUGAUGUAUGAUGUCAAACCGCCGACCCAGCUGAAGGUUGUGUCGCUGGGUCGGAAGGAGAUGACGGCCGUCGAGCUGAUAAGACAACUUCAGCUCGAGGCCGACGAGCUGAGGAAGCAGAAGAAGAGGCAGAACGUCACUGGCCUCCACAAAUACUUGCAGCUUCUGCAGGGAAAAGCCAUGUAUCCCUGCCUAGUGGAUGCAGAGGGACAUGUGAUCUCAUUCCCACCUAUUACCAACAGUGAGAGAACCAAGAUCAAGAAGACGACCAAGGAGUUGUUCUUGGAGGUGACGAGCUCUGCCAGCCUGCAGACCUGUAAAGAUGUUAUGGACGCUCUGAUUGUAAAAAUGGCAGAGUUGAACAAGUUCACGGCGGAGCAUCGGGAGGAGGCGGGGUCAGAUGGGGAGGGCGACGGCCCACAAGACCCGGCCGCCAGCAGUGAGCCCUCCAGUGAACUGAUUGUGCAGCAGGUCCGCACGGUGGACCAGGACGGAAACCUGAAAGUUGUCUACCCGUCAAAGACCGACCUGUGCAACGACAUCAGCAACCUGAACGUCAUUUGGUAGAAGUUGUUGUAAAUAACCUCUGAUAAUAACACUCAUUCAUAUGAAGUCAUUUUAAAAGAUUAAGAUUGUGGGACAUUAAGGCUAAGGUUUGACAACAUACAACUAAAUUACAUCCUUCUACUUCAGGGAGCACAGGAAAUCUGAUCAUAAAGGAUUUGUUUGUGAUUGAAGCAUUGCUUGUUGGCCAAUGAGUUUGGAAAGCUUUCUGAAAGCAAGAUCAAUAUGUCAGAAAUGUACGAUUAAAUAUACUUAUUUUGUAUUAUUUACAAACUGAAGACCAGUUGUCUGUACUGAAAAGUAAAUUUGUUCAACUCA